AUUUGAGAACAACUUACGGUAUAACUUCGCAUGGCGUCAGCUGCCAAUGAAACAAAACAUAUGGACUGCCAGUUAUUUUUAGAUGACGUUCGGAUUCAACACAUUGGAUAAUAACAACUCCUGGUUGGGUUGACGACACGUUUCUUUGUCACACGCAAAUAAAAAGGGUGUCCAUGUCAAUUAUCUCCUUUGGUUUGGGAUUGCCACCAUAUAGAUCUUCUCGGAGAGAGAUGAGAGAGAUGGAGAAAAAGAGUGAGAGGGAGAGGAAGGAGCAUAAGGGAAAGGUAUGCAAGAGGUGUAAAGAAAGUUACAGAGUCUCCUCUAACACCUCUUCCUCAUGCCGCUUCCACCCUUCUUUCUUCGUCUGUCGCCGUCAUGACGACCAGAAAAGGUACUAUGAAUUGGGACCCAACGAUCCACCAUACGCUACUAAGUUCUACGACUGUUGUGGGGCUGAGGAUCCUGAGGCAUCCGGCUGCACUACCAGUUUCCAUGUUUCAUAUGAUGACAAUUGAACCAUGUAAUAUCUCUCUUCUAAGUUUCAUCAUUUCAUUCAGUCUUGCUCUUGCACUCUAAUCAAGUUUCUCUAUCUCCAUUCUCCAAUAAUCUCAUCUCUUUUAUAUAAAAAUGAAGUUGAUGCAUAAUUGUUAA